ACCAGAAAGUCUCUCCAAGGCCUUGACUAUUUUGCAGCAGACGGGGCGCGUGCGUUCGAUGAACUAGAAGGCUUGGUUCUUCAAUUGGGGGAGCUUGGUCUUGGAAAGGAGUGGCAAGUGCGAUACGUGAAAUCAUUAAAGGUGGCCAAAUUCUACCUGAAGGGUGAUUUCAAGGUAAGCAACCGAAAGUGUCAAGAGUUCCAAGAAAAUUGGAUUAUGUUUUUCAAGCAGGGUGAUCUUAUUUCGCAAAUGGAUGGAAGUAUAGCACCGUUCCAAUGACAGGUCCACCCUGACUGGGAAAUAUACGUCGGUUUUUGCUCUUGGUAUUCGUUUUUUAUCAGUAUAAAUUAUGCUUUGUAAUAGAUUUUAUCUUCUCAGAUUAUUGAGGUUAUUCGAUUUAGAUAACAUGAAGCAUACAUAUUGCAUAUAUUUUUUGUCGUUAAUGUUGCAGUAACAUGGUAAUCCAUGCUUUGUGUCAAGCUGUGUUUCCUAUUUUCACUCAGGUUCACGUGAUCUCUUCUUCUCCCGUUGCAAGUCAUUGCAGUGUAUUUGCUCUGAGUGACACCGAAGAUUCUGACCUGCGGCAGCAAUGCAAACACAACCAUGACGAGCUCUGUGAAAGCUCUGUUCUCUGUGAAAGCUUGCAUUCGACCCUGAACGACAUAUCUACUGCGGUUGAUGAAGCAUCUUUUACCACAGAAGAAGACAAAGACGAAGCUUUGUUUCUCGUUAGCUCUGCUACGCUUGCCAUCCAGUCAUGGAAGUACACUGUAAAAUUAAAAGAGCUGAUUUGGCCCCAAAAAUGGGGCCAAAACGAGUGAGUCCAGUUUGGCACUCGCUUAGGGUCAAUUCAGCCCCAUCGAAAUGGGGCUGUUUUUGGCACCAAUUUUGGGGCUGAAUUGACCCCGUUGUAGGGGCCAAAUUGGACCAUGUGAAGGGUGAAUUUGAAAAAUACAGGGGCCACUUUGAAAUUUAUAGGGGCCAAAACAGCCCCCGAAAUUUCAGCCCUCUCACAAAUGGCCCCUUUAAAAAGAGCCAAUUCAGCUCCAAUGUGGGCCACUUCAGAAGUAGAGGGCUCUUUCCUCUCCAUGCUGAUUUCCCCCCUUUCAUUCAAAUAAUGAAAAUACACCACAUACUUUAUCUUUCAAACACUCAUUUAUUAGCUGCUAGAUAUUGUUUAUGUAAAAACCUUUUAUGCUACCUGAUUUUACAGUUAUUAAGAAUCUUAAUUGUGGUAUAAAACAGACAAUCUUUGAAACAUCAUGUGAAAGAAUAUAACAUACAUACAUAUUUAACAUUAAUUCAACCAUUUUCUAAAAUAGAUCUCUUCCCUAAAUCAGUAUACUUCUUAAUAGUGCAAGCAUUGCAAGAAAUUACACCCAAGAGACACUUGUGAGUAAAGCUUCCCUUUUCAAUGACUUAGCAAAUGUGGUAAUGUAAAGCAGCUUAUAAUUAAGACUGAUUUAAAGUACAGAAAAUUAUCAAAAUAAGACAGAGGCAACAAAUGGUCCAGUUCCUGCACAAGAAUAUAGACCUUGUUUGAUUUGUGCAUAUGAAAAACAAAGAGCCUUAGAGCAGCAAAGAGUAUUCUUCCAGUGGAUGUGAGAAUACAUGCACUCAUAUUACUACUCUAGAUAUUAUCAAAAUAUAAACUAUCAGCAAGUACUACCGCAGGCAUUUGCCAAGUCAUUGAAAAUAGAGGAAACAGUGACAAGAGUCUGCCCGUGCCCAAUUUCAAGCAAUGCUUGCUCUAAAAAAAGUCAAAAUUGCCUUUGACCGAUUGUAAGAAAAUAUAAAUAAGCCAAGUAACCCAAUGAGAGCAUCAAGAAUCUUUUCUUAUGAGAAGUGACAAAUUACACUUCCCUCUGUUACUAUAUUCAGGUGAUUGAUGUAUUGAAGAUCUCCAACAAUUAAAAUUUGUGCUGGACAUAAUCUCUGAUUGCUGAAUCAACAUCAGCUACUCUAUGCAAUAAAAACAAGUUUUACAACCACAUUAAAAUCAAGCCAAAGUGCAAAAAGUGCCUGUAGCCAGAAAAAAAAAAUAUAUAUAUACACACUUAAGUUAAAGAAUUAAAGAGGACGCAUCAAUUCUCUGUGACUGAGUUUUGUGCCUAAGUGCUUAUCAGACAGAAAAGUUCUGUCUGACAAGCGCUUAGGUGCGAAAUUCAGAGUCACAGAGAAUUGAUGUGUCCUCCUUAAUUCUUUAACUUAUGUAUACUUAGCUCUACUACCACAGCAUUGAGCACUUUAUGCCAAGGUAGACUCUACCCCCACAUUUACAUAUAUAUAUGUUGUUUUUCUAAAACUAUAAGCUAAAACACCAGAAAUGGAAGUGGAAGUUUAGCUCAAUGUGUGUAAUUUGUCUCCCAUUCAAGACUUGAAAAACUAAUGUAUGACUCCCAAAAUAUCUGAAAAAAAUCAGCUAUUCUAUGUCCAAUAUUUAUCUAAUGGUUUGACAACAGGAAUAUUUUAAAAAAUUGCAAAAUCAAAAAAACUAAACAUAAAGGCAAAAUUAAUACAACCCCAAAGUACUUGAACCUUUGUAUCUGGACUUCAUUGGCAAAUGGGCUCAGAAAUUUUAGCUGUUCAUCUUAGUACCAAAGUAGCAGUUUUUUGGACUUGUACCUCCAAAAUGGUCACAACUUCAUUAAAUGCAUGUGAUGACAAACACACAAGAACAAAGGUCAUGAACUUAAAAGGUGAGAGUGAUUAUUUUGCAACUUUUUAUUUUAAGGCAAGAGAUUCAGCACCACAAAAUUGUCUCUCUUCACUGCAAGCAGAAGAGGUGAAGCAAUAGAUUUUUAGACCAUACCAAUCCAUUCAGUUUCCAAGUCAACUUAGUCUAGUAUCCUGCUAACCAUACAAGGAUACUCUGCAAUAAUUUUUUUUUGCAAUCCACUGUUGCUCAGAGUACUGCUGAUGAGAUAUCCCUUCUGGGUAUCCAACUCUACUGAGGCAGAGAACUGUACAAAAAAACAAACAAAUGAGCAAAUUAAUUUGUUGUUGGAGAACAGUAAAUUUUUGCAACUACAAAGUUGCAAAAUGUUUGUAAGCAAACUGUGCAUAAGAAGUAAAAACACAAUAAUGGUGAUCAUCAAUGAUGUAUUUUCACCAAACUGUAUAUGUACUUAUCAAGAAAAGAAAUCAUACGUCUAUGCACUUCAGUUCUAGCACAGUAUUCAUGAAUUAAUAAGGAUUGCGUGUGGACUUAAAAAACAAAACAGAGAAAAGUUUCUUACCCUCGAUGGUAGUUGGAAUUUUGAAAGCCAUCCAGGAGGAAUCUAUAUAGGUAAAUAUUUAUUUUAAAAAAAUUAAACUGUCUGAUUACAUCCUAUCAAUUCACUAAUUUUUGAGUUUACCAGAUUUAUACAUUGGUUUUACUUUGUUUAGUGUAUAGUGCAAGUAAAUACAUAUAAAGUGUAUUUCAAUAAAAAUAUAGUAAAUCUCACCAUUUUUGUAGGUGCAAUCCCCGAGAUUUGUCAUCUUUAACUGACCAACUGGCACCUUGUGUGUUUUCCUUUAGGAUAUAAUCGAAAGAAAGUAAUCGAUAAUGUACUCUUCGCCAUCCUGCUAAGUUUAAUAUACAAGAACUUACUUAGACAGUGCUCAGUUCUGUCGCCUCGUCCGUAAAACAGAGAUCCUUGAGCGAUUUAUAAUAUUGAUUUACCCAUUUCUUUCGGUGCCAAUGUCACCUCUAAAUUUUCAUAAUCGCUGAUGUUUUCUGAAUCACCAAUCGACGUUUGAACCGUCUUACUCGAAGGACUUGAUUCUGCACGCUGAAAGAGUGAGAGCCAAAAAAUCAGCUUAAGUGGAUGCAAACAAAGACAUAGACAUAAAAAUAUCAGUUCAUCUUUUCAAGAAAAAGAUUAAGAAUUCAGAGUGAGAGAUCCUAAAAUCAGAGAAUCUUGAAUUAAGUUAAAUCCAUCUUGUGCAAAUGCAGUAUUCGAACUGUAACCGUCUCUAUCUCUCGGCGCCAAAAUUUGAUCACGUGACUUUAAUUGCGAAACCGCUGAGACUCAACAAGACUCGGGAGAAGAGGCGAACCAUUCAUGCGUCAAAUUCUCUGGUGGGAAAAUUAAUUAUCGUACCGACGAAGAACUCGUGUCAUCUCUAGGUUCAGCGUUCAUUGCAAUCAAUUUCUUGAGCUUUAGACGCUCUUUUAUAAUAGGGAUGUAGUGCCUUGGUACGUCUGCAUCUUGGGCGAUGGCAAGGAGAUCUUGGCCAUCGCAACCGUCUUUUUCUGCAAGAUAAGAUACGAACAAAGAUCAAUGGAGCGGUCAAGUUUGUGAAUGUAAAGUUGCAGUAAAAUACGUUGUUAAGAAAUUUCUUUUGCCUACCUUUCCUUUCUUAAGUCUCAUUCCAUGCGACUGUAGCCAAGAAACAGCCUCUUCAGUGACGAAUUCGCUGCUAUAAUUCAUUAUUGUUUCCGACGCACGUGGUCUAGGUUCGACUAAUGCCAUCACAGCCAGCUCACGCUCACGUCUCGAGAAAAAGCCAACGAUUAAUUCGUUUUGUGACUCGGUGUUCAGUUACGAGAGGAACCGUUGAAAAUUUGAACACUUUAUAAGGAAUAGUAUAGGGAACGAAAUAUGGUCGAAAAAAGAAAAUUAUUUUCAUAUUUUCUUUUUUUUUCAAAAAUUGCACCUCGUUGGGGGGUCAAUUUGGUCAAUCCUACUUGGCUCUUGGAAGGACCAAAUUGAGAAAAAGUUCCAAAGUAGAAUUCAUAGGGGCCAAUUCAGAUUUUGGAGGGGUCGAAAUGGUAUUUGUCACGCCCGUUUUGGCUCAAAUAGUUCAAAACGAACCUUCAUGGGCCAAACUGGCCCUCGAGAAAUUGGGGCCAAUUUGGCUUUUGGGGUCAAUUUGGCUCUUUUCAUUUUACAGUGUACCAUUUGCUGAGGUCGACCCAUCAAGAUCAGGCUCGUUUGGACGUCAUCGAUGCCCUUAAUUCUGGAACAGUAUUCAUUGUAAAUGACUGGGCCAUAAAGUUCUUGCCUCAGAGAUACCGCGAGUCACAGACAGACUGGUUUGGUAAGCGGGGUAUUUCUUGGCACAUAUCUGUGGUAUACAGACGAAUAGAGGGUGUGCUACAGUGGCAAGCCUUUAUCCAUGUGAUUCAGUCCUGUACCCAAGGAAGUUCUGCUGUUACCGCGAUUAUGCAACAUGUUCUAGCCACAUUGAAGCAAGAGUAUCCUGAAAUCAACAAGGCCUACUUCAGGCAAGAUAAAGCCGGCUGUUACCACUCCUCCCGCACGUUAACGAAGUGCCAAGAAAUUUCAGCGAACACCGGAGUGAAGAUAGUCCGCGUUAAUUUCAGCGACCCGCAAGGCGGGAAAGGGGCUGCAGAUCGACUAGCUGCGAGCUGUAAAGGCCACAUUAGGGCGUUUAUUAAUGAAGGCCACGAUGUCUGCACCGCCAGCGACCCGAAGGAAGCUCUGCUAUCCCACGGCGGUUUGGAAGGUGUACGAGUGGUUUCUCUGGAUACCAUCGAAGAAACGCCAGACGAUGCGCAAACCAUA